AUGGAAAUAUUUGCUCGGUAUGUUGACGUUUUACUCGAAGAGAUAAAGACUGGAAAUUGGAGUGAAUUCAGAGAAAUCAAAAAGAUGUUGGAAACGGGAGACCUUUUCAUGUCGAGAAUAAUCAAAAGAUUGAAGGCUCAAGUGUAUCUAAGAUUCCAUCAACUUUCACACUCGGCAAACAUGUUACAUGCCAGAAGGUAUAUCAAUUAUGAUGAAGGAACUGUGGAUGAGCAGGCUUUCAGAGAAAACGACAACCAUAUAUUCUAUAUGGAGUUAGUUGACUUGUUUUAUUGUCCUGACGAGAUGGCAAAAACAUCUGAUAUUCCCAGUUAUAUUCUAAAGGAUAAUAAAAUAUUAAAUGAAUCCUUUGAGAUUGAAAUAACAACGCUUGCAGAGUAUAUGUGGCAAAGAACACAGAAAGAGAUUGAUGAAAUGUAUAAAAAUGUCAAAGAAUCGAAGUGUGAACUUCAUCGUAAGAUGAGAAGAACCACUGGAUAUCCGUUACGUUUAUCUCUCUUAAAUAUUUAUAACAUUUUGGAGUCAUUAAAUUUGGUCAAUCUAAUGAGUGUUGUUCAUAUUUUAGUCUGUGUCGAUCCAACAACUGUUGGUAUUGAAAGAUUCUUUUCUAAACUACGUCAAAUGCAAGCACAGAACAUGUUACUGAAAACUGCGUAUGAAAGACCGUAUUAUUGUUUGGAUAACGAUGUUUGUUAUUUGACUUUUUGA